AUGGAAUUAGCAAAUAGUGGGAUAUAUGACUUUGGAAUAAACGAGAAUUAUGAUGGAAGUGAAGGAGAGGAUGAAGAGGAUGAAUUCCCAGGAGAAUUGGAAUUCUCAUUGAGCUUUGGAAAUUUGGCGACACCAUUCAUCGGUAAGGAUGGUGAAUUUGAUAGUGGACUAGGACUUAAUGACACGAUCGCACUUGACGAAAAUCAAUUUGCAGUUCUGGAUGGCAUUAAUGAUGGAGUCGACUUUGGAUCGGAGUUGAAUGAAAAGAAUUUUUUGGAUGGCGAAAAUAGCUUACAUACGAUUACGAAAGACUCUAAAAAUCAAUUAGAGGAUGGAAAAUUAGAUUGGAAAACUAGUCAUGGUCCUGAAAGUAAUACGUUAACAAAAUUUUUCUCUGAAAAGUUUGAGCCAAGCAGGACCGAGCCUCAAUCCAUAAAGAAUAAUGGAUUUACGAGCCAUGAAGAGUCCAAUGCGCUUACGGAAAACCCUAUGAGCUUAGAAGAUUUGAAGUUUUUACACAAAAAAGACUUGUUAACAGAACGUCGAAAAUCCGCGUCCCUUUUGAGCAAUGCUAGGAAAGCAUCUGAAAUCUAUCCAGAAAAAGACGCUGUUGUAUCAGAUGCUGCCGAAAUUUUUGCAAGUUCGGAUGAUGAAGAUGAGGUUGCUGAAGAAGACUUGGUCAGUGCAUCCUGGGUCGAUAACCUCGACAUCGAUAUGGCAUCGUUCAACAGUCAUCGCAACGAGGCAUAUAUUCCUGAUCAUGAUAACUUGGACGAGCGCUCAGAUGACGAGUUUUUGCUUGGUAUUUUGAGUUCUGACUCGAGUGUUGAAAAUUUAAACGAUGAUGAACGCGAUGACGUUGAUUUCAUUGGAUGGGAAUGCUUUUUCGAUGAUUCUUCCGAUGAAUUGGAUCCAUUGACUCGCAGUUCCCGCAAUGGUGCUUACCGUCGUCAUUCCUUUUCUACAAGUCGUCCUCAAGAGGAUGACGGCGACACUACGGAUGAAGAAGUGCCUCAGCUUUGUGAACCCAAGCUUGGCAGAUCUACCUCUUUGCAAGAAACCCCUUCUAAUUCUUCUUCCGCCAUGUUCGACCCUCUAGCUUCUGCUUUUUCUGACCCCCCCUUCUCUAAGGUUUCUUCCUUUCCUAUUCCAGAAGAUGCUGGAUUGGAAACUUCGCAAUCUAAACCUACUUCACCAAUUAAAGAUUCCUUUCAUCCUGAAAAUCAUACUAACAACGAUGGACCCGUUCUCGCUAGCUUUGUAGAUACAUCUCCCGUUAUCACGUCUGAUGCAAAUGGCAUUUCCUCGUUCGAAUUGGAUCCGAAAUUGAAUUAUUCUCAACCUAAACCUCCCGUUUUAGGUACAUGGAAUAGAGAACCUGACCAUUUGGUUGGCUUUAUUGACGGAAAGCAUUCCCACUCUCUUUAUGAAGACAAGUUUAACGCAUCUAAGAAAGGCGAUGUGGAGACCCCUAUCCCCACACAAUCUUCAAACAAAACAUCAAAUACUGAAGAACCAUCUUUGGAUGAUAUCCUUGAUACAUCGCUUCUCCAAGCUGCUACGACUAAUAAUGAUACGAAACCUGAGGAAUCUGUAACCAGCCAAGAGGAUAACCUUCUGAAUCGCUGGGAGAAAAUUCCUAUUGGUACAUUCAGACGGAAUCAAUACAUUAAAUCGAUGGCUCGAAAAGACGAACUUAUUCGAGACGAAUGGUGCACCUUGGCUAUCAAGUCUCGCGAAAAGCGAAGACAUAAGCAACGAUCUGCUACACUUAACAAUGUUAGUUCGGUCGCUGCAAAGCCGAAGCAUUCUCGUAAAGCUCGUCGUGCACUUAAAAAGAAAGCAAAGAAAAUCACAUAUCGACAAUUACACUCAGACUUCCAAAGCACUUUAGAAGAUGAUCGAACUGACGGCUCUUAUUUUGAUAACGAUUAUGAAACUGUUGGUUUAGGUCUUGGUCCUGAGUUGUCUCCUCUAUUCGAAGUUCUGGAAUCUACUGGGUAUUAA